AGGGUAAAAACAGAAGAAAGGAGAAUAGUUAAAUAGUAAAUAGAAUGACUUUAGGUCCUUCAAUUUGCUGCAAUAGUUUUGAUUUUAUCCAUUAAAGAAAAGAAAAGGGAGUGCCCCCUGGACAUAGACUAUAGUACAGUCAACAGGAUAGGGUGUCCCGAAAGAACACCGUGUUAGAAUUUGGAAAAAGAAAAAAGGAAAUUCAAAUAAAAAAAAAAGGGUUCUCUUUCUUUAAAAAAAAUGAAGAGGUUUCAUGGGCAUUUUGUGAUCAUGACGACGUUGGCGUAUUAUAGGAUUUUAUGUAAGAGAGAGAGAGAGAGAGAGAGAGAGAGAGGAAACAAAGGUCAAAGCAAAGCAGUUGGUUGGUGGUGUGGUAUAUUUUAGAGCAUGUUAUGGUGUGUGGCUUAUAGGGGUAAUCAUUUUCUUCGGUGAAGUUGUAGAGAGAGCCAAGCCAAAGCCAGCAUUCAGCUCUCAGCAGAUCAGAAACUCGUGAUUUUAUAUCAGAAUUCUCUUCUCUUUUCUUUUUCAUUUAUUUAUUAUACUAUAAAAACUCUCUCUCUCUCUCUGUGGAAGCAAACAGCAAAAGGAAGAAAGAAAGGAAGAGAGGAGUAUAGAAACAGAAGUUAAGCAGAAGGCAGCAGGCAGGUAUUAUCAGUCCUUCCUUAAGGAAUUUACAGCUACGUCUCUUCCUUUUCUCGUGAUCUUUUUCUCCUCCUCUCUCUCUCUCUCUCUCUCUCUCUCUCCUCCCUGCGCUCUCUCUCUGCUUCUCAGAAGAAUUAUCUUUCCCUGCUUUGUGCACUCCUAUUGUCUUCCUUUUCUUGGCUUCCUCUGUAUAAAAGUUUUGAUCAACCGAAAAAACACGUCUUUUUCUUGGCAAGCAUAAUCAAAGUUGCGUUUUUCUUUUACGGGUGUAUAAAGGAAGGGUCUUUAAAGAGUACCCAGUUGGUGAAACGUUGUUUGGACGAGGAAAGGAAGGAUUCUUUUGAGAUACCCAGUUGGUAUUUUGUAGGGCGUUUGACACAUAUGGGUAGUUGUGGAAGAAGUGGGACUGUAAGACAAUAUGUAAGAUCAAAAGUUCCUCGCUUGAGAUGGACUCCUGAGCUUCAUCACUGUUUUGUUCAUGCUAUUGAAAGGCUUGGUGGUCAAGACAAAGCUACGCCAAAACUGGUUCUUCAGUUGAUGGAUGUGAAAGGACUCACCAUUUCACAUGUGAAGAGCCAUCUCCAGAUGUAUAGAAGCAUGAGGAGUGAUCUGGGUAAACAAGAUAAGAGCUCUACUCAUCAAAGAAGACAAUAUUUUGAUGAGCAUGAUGAGUGUAUUGAUGAAGUAAGACCCCUUGCAGAAUCGGAUUCUCAUUUCAUAUACAGUACUGUCCCUUCAAAAAGAGCAAGAAUCGAGACCAAGAGUUCAAUCUCUGAUACAAACCUGCAAUGCAGCCAAGGAAUAUGUGAAGCAGUCACCAAUCCGUACGCUCUUGAUGAUUAUAUGGGAAUAAAAGAAGGUAAUGGUGGUGGUUUCAGAUGGGAACAGACCCAUUCUAAGCCCCAAUUCACGCCCUUCUCUCUGCCACAUGAUCUUUGCAACCUCAACUCUUUCAAAUAUGCAGUGGAAGAAUCUGAUUUCCUCAAGAUUCCCAAGGUAAAGUAUGAAAGUUGCAAACCAGCUGCUGCACGAAUGAGCAAACUAGAGGAGGCUACUGGAAGUGGAAGAGCAGAAGAUGAAGAAGCGAAUGGCUGCGAGUUAUUGUUAUCGCUAUCCUUACAGCAUCCUUCAUCACAAAGAAGUAAUGCAUCUUCUGCGAGUGAGAUUAGUGAGGCCUUCUCAUCAUACGCUCGGACUACAUUCAAAGACUGUUCCGGCUCUUCUUCAGCAAAACGAAAUAUUAAUUUAGAUUUAUCUAUUGCUCUUUGCGGUGUCUAAAAUCAAAUGUAAAAAAAAAAAAAAAAGAAGAAAGAGAAGCCCUCGUCCGUUUCUUGAAUAAUCUUUUUGUGCUUUUAGAAUGUUUCUUAGUCUAUUUUGUUUUUCUGAUCUUUAGCCAUUCCCUAGUCCCAUUCAGUAUAGUUUUUCCAAUCCACCAUUGAGCCUAAACAUAGAUAAUAUCGCUUAGAUUAAUGUAGUUCUUAGUGUGGAAAUGUGAGCAGUUAGGUGUGUCCUUGAUUAUUGCUUUUUUCCAUGUCUAUUAGGGUAGUUUGAGUGUAAUUCAAGGAAAUUGUAGUUCUUAGCUUGACUGUAACACCACUUUUGAGAUGCUUUAUGGCAGAGUUGCAAGCACUUUUCUUUUUC